AUGGAAUCACUUGUGUCUACAUCGGUAGCACAAUUGGCACAAGCAGUAAAAACGCUGGUGCAGCAGAAGGAGGAAGCGAAGGACUGGGAGGCGCAGUUGAAGCAGAAGCAGGAGGAGCGAAAGCGCAAGGAGAAGAAGGAGGUUGAGGCCCACCUGCUCACGGUCAUCAAGGUGUCGCGAGACAAGGACCUGUGGGAGCAGAUUGGCAGCGACCGCUUCUUUGACCUUGUGGACCACGAGCGCGUGACGAGCUUCCGCGUGCCGAAACAGAUGUGCUUUGCGGACUUCCAGAGGGAGGUGGAGAGGAAGGUUGGCGUUCCAGUGGCAGGCCAGCGGUUUUGGCUGUGGGCGCGUCGGCAGAACCACACGUACCGCCCCAAGCAGCCGCUUAGUGCCGAAGAAGAGGGCAUGACGGUGCGACAGCUGAGGGACUCAGUGAGCAAGGCGCACCGCAAGGACCUGCGUGUGUUCCUAGAAGGCCCGCCAACUCCUCCUGUAGUGGCUCCGCUACAUGAGAGGGCCAAGGACGACAUUCUGCUCUUUCUCAAGUUCUACAACCCACUCACUGAGACGCUUAGGUACGUGGGUCGUCUCUUUGUGAAUCUUGGGCAGGCUCCUGCCGAUGUACGAGGGAAGAUCAACGAGAUGUGUGGCCUUGCUCCCACCGAUGACAUCCUGCUCUUUGAGGAGAUAAAGUAUGAGCCGAGUGUGAUGUGCGAGGCCAUGGACUGCACGGUCACAUUCAAAGGCGGGCAACUAGACGAUGGCGACAUUAUCUGUGUGCAGCGCGCCAAACAACUCGCCCAAGAGGGUGCGGUUGGGACUGCCGGCAGUGGUGGGAGUGCGGUGAGGGUGAGGUACCCUGACGUGCCGUCCUUUUUGGAGUAUGUGCGGAACCGGCAUGUGGUGCACUUCCGGCGGCUGGAGAAGCCCACAGAGGACGCUUUCUGCCUCGAGCUUGCCGUUGGGUCUCCCACUGACAUGGUGGUGAGCUCCAAAGAGCACACGUAUGACGACGUGGUGGCGAGGCUGGCAGAGGAGAUAGGCCUGGACAACCCUUCCAAGGUCCGACUCACCACGCACAACUGCUACUCGCAGAAGCCCAAGCCGCCGGCCAUCAAAUACCGAGGCGUGGACUGCCUGGCUGACAUGCUCGUGCACUACGACCAGUCGACAGAUAUCCUCUAUUUUGAUACGCUCGACAUCCCGCUGCCAGAACUGCAGCAGCUCAAGACUCUCAACAUCACGUUCCACAAUAGCAAGGCAGAAGAUGUGAGGGGAGGGAGGGUGGAACUGUGGCAUCCUAAGGCGAAUUUUCGGAUGCUGCAGGUGUUCAUCAACAAGAUCUUCCCUACACUCUAUACCAACCUUUCUGCCCUGCCCCUCCGUACCCCUCUGUCCCUGUCUGUGGAGCUGUCACACCCCAAGGCGGAGCUACGUUUGCUGCAGGUGUUCUUCAACAAGAUCUACAAGAUCUUUCCUCUUACUGAGCAGAUUGAGUACAUCAACGACCAGUACUGGGGCAUAAGGGCAGAGGAGCCUUCUGGUCCGUCUACUCAGCCUACUGAUCCGUCAGCCUCGACUCCGGAGGCGCAAUGGCUAGAGGAGGAUAGUGUACAUGUCGUUUUCAAGCACUUCAAGGUUCCCAUCCGCCCGUACGCCGUCGGGGCUGUCCGCGUUUACAAGUAUUGCGCCAUCGAGUUCAAGGGUGGUGCGUUUCGAUGCGCUCAGCAUCUCGCAAAAUGGAAGGGACAGAGAUCUCGCGACGUCCGCCGGUGCGGGAAGGUUCCGCCGGACGUGCGAGCGGCGGUGCGCGCGCAUUACGAGAAGAAGGCAUCCAACCGCGAUGGAAAAAGGCGGGCCGAGGAUGCUGCGCUCGACGCUGUGUGGGAGGUGCGAAGAAAGGCCGCAUCACCGACUUCAUUGGCGACGAGGCGAAAUGCAAGAAGGGGCAAGGCGGACAACUCCGUCUGCUUGUUCUUUGCCGGCUGUCGCAUUCCCGAACACCACGCCGACAACCCGUUGUGGCGCAACAUGGGCAGGGCCAUUAACAACGCACCUCACGGUUAUGUCGCGCCGCGGCAAAAACUACGUGGGAGGAGCUGGGCUGAAGCAAUGCCGCACGGGCAUCGAGAAGGGGCUUCAGCCAUCGCCGCGAGUUGGAAGAAGGAUGGCGUCACCGUCUCCUCCGACCUGAUGACCGAUCGGUGCGGGAGGCCGCAGGCGAACGUCAUGCUGGUCAACAAUUCGGGAGCGGUGUUUGUCGAGGCUAUCAACUGCAAUAUGGAGUCAAAAACCAGCGACUACAUCGCGUCCCUCUUCUGCCCCAUCAUCGAGAAAGUGGGGCCCGAAAACGUAGCCGCCCUUUGCAUGGACGGGGGCUCCAACUACGGGGCCGCCUGCAUGUAG